AUCAGUACAACUAAGCAUCGGUAAAUAUAACAAUUAAUCAAGAUAGAUUUGGCCAAAAGUGGGCCCCCUUUGCGGUCGUGGGCCCGGAGCGACCGCCCCCCCCCCCCCCCCCCCCCACUUAUGCUCGGCUGUCAUCUAGGACUACGUUUGUUGCUCUAUACCCAAGGGCCAUGUGCAGAGUAAGGAUGGAAAUGUACUGUCUGACUGUAAGGUUUGGAGACCAUAAUGAUUGAAGAUUAUAUUGAAGCCACUCUGACAGAUUAUUUGAACAGACAGCUCAACAAUGAGAAAGGGAACACCGAGAAAGUGAGUGAGCCAAAGAAACAGAGAACAAGCACAGCAUGGAAAAGAGCUCAGUCUUGCAUAGCAGCACGGGGUCGAAGGCAAAGAGAGAGGGAGCUCUUCAAUGAGUUGGCUGACCUGCUUCCUUUACCCCCAAACACUGGAGCUCAGUUAAACAAGGCCUGUAUCAUCAGGCUUACGGCUGGAUACCUGCAUGUGAGAGCCCUUCUGGGCCCAUCAACCUUCCAGCAAACACAAAACACUGAGGACAUCAUAGAUGUAGCAAGGCCACUUCCCCUCAAGUCCACCUAUCCCUAUUACAAAAGAGCCAUUCCGUCUAUUUGUCUUGAGGAGGGACUUCUAGACUUAGCUCUUGAAGGAUUUCUGCUUGUGACCUUCCUUGAUGGCCGAGUUCUCUACACCACAGAGAAUGUCAACAAAUACAUUGCCAUCAACCAGGUAGACCUUAUUGGCCGAAGCCUGUUUGACAUCAUGCACCCAUAUGACCAGAACGAGGUCAAACAAGUUCUUGCAAAAUUGGCCGGAAGUGUAGGGAGGCAGAAGUGCAGCCUUUUCUGGAGAACUAAGAAUACAGUAAGCCUGAGGGCAGUAUCCUGGACGGUGUUGCACUGCACUGGGGUUAAGGGGCCAUCCCAUCCCCUGGCCUCGCAUUCCCUUCUGCUGCUGUGUCAACCUCUACCUGUGCAAGGUGUUGACCAUAUUCCUGCUGGUCUGAACCACAAGACUUUCCAGAGCAUUCACAGCCCAGACAUGAGAUUCACUUCCUGUGACUCCAGAGUUUGGGAGUUGACUGGUUUCCAGAAUACAGAACUCGUUGGACAGUCUGUUUAUAAGUACUACCAUACCAUAGACUGCUUGAAACUUAUGCAGUCACAUAUCUGCUUGCUUUCCAAAGGACGGAUGGUCACCGGGAAGUACCGCUUACACCACAAGCACGGAGGAUAUGUUUGGGUAGAGACAGAAGCAUCUGUGGUAUACAACAACCAAACCAGACAGCCACAGACCAUCUUCUGUAUCAAUUACGUGCUAAGCGAUGCAGAGCUACCAGAGGUAGUGUUUUCUCUGGAGCAGCUGGAAUAUUCCCUCAAGUCACAUGGACUUUGCCCUGAAACAACGGUGUCUCCUGUACUGGCCCACACUGCUGGCCAGGACACAGCAAACCGAGCCAACGGAUCAGCCCUGCUCUCCAACACUACUGGCCACACUAGACUCUCUGACAGCCCUACAGUGUUCAACAAACAUCUUUGUGAGAAAGCAUCAGUGUCUUACGUCUCUCAUCAUGUGUUUCAUGAUGACAAGUGGUACAGGGACCUGGAUGCUCUGGCCCCUUACAUUCCCAUGGAUGGGGAGGACUCAGUCCUUUUGCCCAUACAGGACUACCCAAGGCACAGACAGGAGUCAAGUAAAGACUGUGGUCUUUCUGGGAAUGGCCUGGAUGUUCACCAUUACCAUGGGGGGAAACCACAUGCUUCAGAAUGUGUUUUGUGUUCUUCUAACCCUGCGGCAACCUACCCUGUCAGCCAGGGACAACCUCAGCCCCACUCAUCCUGGACACAGAGGCACAAAAUUCUCAAAACAGACAAUACUCACACACGGAGCAGAAAUCUGCAGCCAGUCUGGGACUCUCUAAGUCCAAUUGUUCAACAGGAAUCAAACGCACCACAAGAACACACGCCACAAAAUCCCCAGAGAGUGAAAAUUACAUCAGUUCAGUCUUCGCAGUACAAACAUCCCCCAAACAGCAGACAAUCCACUUCACAUCCCUACCCCACAUGGCAGAGAAUCAGAGAUCGAGAGAUAUACACUGGUACUCAUAACUCACCAACGUCAAUGCAGAGGCGUUCUGGACACAUCAGGAACCUCCAAAGGCCUGGUAAGCGCAAGGACUAUGCCGAGGGACAAGUGGACUCAUUUUCAUUGAACCUACCAUUGCUGAGCCAUAGUGAAUGUGAGGUUAAUGCUCCUCUUGGGCCUACCUUUUACCUGCUCAGUGGUACAGAAAUCACUUCUGUUCUUGAUCAGGCUACUACCAGGAUCUCAAUGGGAUGAAUGUAUAGUUAAUAUACUUUAAGAACACCAUAUGUGUUCACCUUAGCAACAUUGUGACAGGACCAUCAUUUACUUAAUAAACUAGGCCUAAUAUAUCUUUCUUCUUUUCUGUUACCAAAUUUUGCUGUGUUGUACAAUGUUAUAGAAGAUGCUACACAAAAGGCUAGCCAGAAAGAAUUUAUUGCAACAUGGUUUAUUGUGAAUUUAAACUCUACAUAGUUAUGGACAGUCAUUGUGCACUCCCUAAAUACAGGGAGCUGCUAGAGUGUGUGUUACACGUAAACAUUAAACACUCCUAAGCAUACAUAACUCCUCCAAGCUAUAACCCUACAACAACAUCCUUCAGCAUUAAAUAGGAACGCAUUAUUUCUCACAUUUAACUUACGAUUACCUACUUUGGUCAUUCACAAAACCUGCAUUUAAAAAAGUGCUCAAGAGUAGAGUAAACUAGACCACCUUUACUUCGGAAUGUGGAACCGUGUCCAUUAGUCAGGCUCAGAACUAGGACACUAGGACCCCUGUGCCUCCACCCUUUGUUCCAGCACCUUCCCUCUCCUCAGUGGCUUUGUUUGACGCCUCUUCCUCUCCAACUAUUCGGAUGUUGAAGCGUUCCCGAUACUCAUUCAGCUCCUGCCUUUUCGCCUGCAUCUGCGUGUUGAGUGAUUCAACUAUUUUGGAGAUCUAGGCAGAGAGAAAGCCACAAACACAUGUUAAUAGAUAAUAGAAAAUAUGUGUAAAAUAUAAAAAGCAUUGUUUAUGACCAUAUCCUCCAGAGAGCACAAACCAGCUGUCUACUCUAGACUAUGAACAUCAGUGCCAUAAUAACUGAGUCAAAGCUCCCCGAUGAUUUUUAUUUGCAGACAGCAAAUAAGUUAAAACUCUAAUAUGAAAGUAUAUCCCUUCAUUUUCAUUUUCUGUAUAGUUCCUGUACAUUUUCUGUAAAACUCACUGUUAAAGAUUAACAAAAAAGAAUGACCUGCAUGUUAAACAUCAGCAAUAAAAUAAUUAUAACACA